AUGUCUCUCCUCGCCUCCCUCAAGGGCCUCCGCCCAACCCUCCUCACAACUCCCCUCCUCACACCCUCAACAACAACAGCAACGACAACAACAACCGCCGUCCGCGCCUUCUCGACGACCCCCUCCAGCCCCGCCCGCAAGGUCAUCGCGACGACGCCGGACUACAUGAACAAGAUCCAGAACAUCAAGCAACAGCUCUUCGCGCGCGCCCCGCCGCCCCUGCGCAUGGCCCGCAACCGCCACCUCCGCCACUGGACCAUCCACCGCGCCUGGCUCCUCCUGCAGCGCCAGCAGCGCGAGGCCCGCGAGAAGGAGCUGUACCGCAUGCACCAGAGCAUGUGGAACGCGCACGAGGAGCUCCGCAAGACGGCCGGCCCGGGCACCAGGGACGAGGGCUGGCUGUACCGCGUCGCGCAGGAGAAGAAGGGCGUCUACGGGCCCAACGCCGUGCCCAUCGAGUACGCGCGCUACCAGACCGAGACGCCCGCCCGGGUCGCGUGGAACCACGACUGGAAGCCGUAA